CUAAGACCACGGCUAAAACUACAGCUAUAACCACAGCUAAGACCACAGCUAUAACCACAGGUAAGGCCACCACAGCAGCUAUAACUACAGCUAAGACUACGGCAAAGACUACAGCUAUAACCACAGCUAAAACCACAGCUAAGACCACGGCAAUAACCACAGCUAAAACUACAGCCAAGACCACGGCAGCUAUAACUACAGCUAAGACCACGGCUAAAACUACAGCUAUAACCACAGCUAAGACCACAGCUAAGACCACAGCUAUAACUACAGCUAAGACUACGGCAAUAACCACAGCUAAAACUACAGCUAAGACCACAGCAGCUAUAACUACAGCUAAGACCACGGCUAAAACUACAGCUAUAACCACAGCUAAGACCACAGCUAUAACCACAGGUAAAGCCACCACCGCAGCUAUAACUACAGCUAAGACCACGGCAAAGACUACAGCUAUAACCACAGCUAAAACCACAGCUAUAACUACAGCUAAGACCACGGCAAUAACCACAGCUAAAACUACAGCAGCUAUAACUACGGCUAAAACUACAGCUGUAACCACAGCUAAGACCACAGCUAUAACCACAGGUAAGGCCACCACCACAGCUAUAACUACAGCUGCUAAGACCACAGCAGCUAUAACCACAGCUAAGACCACGGCUAAAACCACUACUAUACCCACAGCUAAGACCACAGCUAAAACCACAGCUAUAGCUAUGACUACAGCUAAAACCAGUGCUUUACCAGGUGUUGUUAUGAAUGCUGCAGUUCAAGCAAAAACCACUAAAGUGAUGACUACAGCUAAAGCACAGGUCACAACUCAGCCAAAGUCCCAACCACAGAGCACCAAACCAGUAUCUAAACCUGAAACAACAGGUCAAUCAAAACCUCAGAAUCAGCAAAAUUCUCAAUCAAAGAACAUAAACAAACCAGUAUCUCAACCUGAACCAACAGGUCAAUCAAAACCUCAGAAUCAGCAAAAUUCCCAAUCAAAGAACAUAAACAAACCAGUAUCUCGACCUGAAGAAACGGGCAAACAUUUUGGGCAUUGA